GAAGCUGCUCUCGCCACAGUCACAUUGCAGUUUUGAUUAGUUGUUCCUUCUUUCCUUGGUUUGUAAAAAGAAAAGAAAUAUGGAAUCUAUUGUGAAAUCCGAGCCAAGGGAAUCGGAAGAAUGGCUAGAAGACAGGGCAUCUAUUAAAGAAGAAAUCGACAUAGAAUAUGGCAUGCCCUGGCUUGGCAAGCAGGAGAUUCCGGAUGAGGAGCAGGAGUCGUCAUCAUCAGCUGUUCGUGGGAGUGACUCCUCUGCUGAAGAGGAGGAAGAAGGUAGCAAUGGAAGAGUGGGAGAAGAAGAUGUCAAACAAGAGAAGGUGUUAUGCAAAACUACUCUCAAAAAAUCUCAUUUGUGUACAUUCUGUUCCAAAAGGUUUUCUCAUUCUUGUCGUUUAACUGUUCAUAUGCGUACUCACACAAAAGAGAAGCCUUUUCAGUGUACAGUGUGUACUAAAAGGCUCUCCACUUCUUGUAAUUUAACCAUUCAUAUGCGUACUCACACCAAAGAGAAGCCUUUCCAGUGCACAGUCUGUGCAAAAAUGUUCUCUCAGUCAGAAAUUUUGACUCGGCAUAUGCGUACUCACACAAAAGAGAAGCCUUUCCAGUGUACAGUGUGUACUAGAAGGUUCUCCAGUUCAAGUGAAUUGACUGUUCAUAUGCGUACUCAUACAAAAGAGAAGCCUUUCCAGUGUACAGUGUGUACUAAAAGGUUCUCCACUUCUGGUGAUUCAACACGGCAUAUGCGUACUCACACAAAAGAGAAGCCUUUCCAGUGUUCAGUUUGUACUAAAAGGUUCUCCACUUCUGGUGAAUUGACUGUUCAUAUGCGUACUCACACAAAAGAGAAGCCUUUCCAGUGUACAGUGUGUACUAAAAGGUUCUCCACUUCUGGUGAAUUGACUGUUCAUAUGCGUACUCACACAAAAGAGAAACCUUUCCAGUGUACAGUGUGUACUAAAAGGUUCUCCACUUCUGGUGAUUUGACACGGCAUAUGCGUACUCACACCAAAGAGAAGCCUUUCCAGUGCACAGUCUGUGAAAAAAUGUUCUCUCAGUCAGAAAUUUUGACACGGCAUAUGCGUACUCACACCAAAGAAAAGCCUUUCCAGUGUUCUGUCUGUGCAAAAAUGUUCUCUCAGUCAGCAAAUUUGACACGGCAUAUGCAUACCCACUCAGUUUAAAUAAUUCAAUUUCUUCUCUAUCGGUGUGUUUUCUAUGUUACAUGUUCCUGAAAAUAUCAAGCCUUUGUUUUCCAAUUAUCACCAAUUUUACUUCAUGAUAGUUCAUAAUUUAUACAUUAUAUAGUAACAUAAAGUGUAGUGUAUAGUUACAUUGUAUAGUGUAUAUAAAGUGAAGAAUGUCUCAGUUGAGUUAUAUUGUCAAAUUCAUUGUCCUAAUAGAUCAAAUUUUGUUAGCUUCUUGAGUUCAGCUUGUUCUUGAAUAUAAAUAAACUUUACUCAUCUUUUGGUCCACAAACAUCAUCAAGUUCAAUUGAAUUAGAGUUAAUAUUUGCAUAUAGUAUCAAUGUAAUAAUAUUGAUGAAUUACAUAUUAUAAAUGUUUCCUUCCUACUCAUAUUUUUUUGUACACUUCAUUCCUUUCAAUUCCUACGUCCCAUAAAUUUGUGGAAACAAGCGUGAUUUUCAUUCAUCUUUAUAAUAAACGUUCUCAAUUAAAUAUUAUGUAGGUAGUUCAUAAAUAAUUAUGUCAGGAAUAUUAUGAAAAUAUGAAAUAAAAUUAUGCAUAUUAUUAUAAUCACAAUCUCAUUUUAUUUUACACAUCAUUGAGAAUAAUCAUAUACAAAUAAAAAAUAUAUAUUCAUAUACAUCAUAUAUAAUAUAUUAUAAUAAAAAGAGUUGCAGGAACAUAUAAGCUUUUCGCUGAACUCUUUGUUAAAUAAAUCUAUUCAAAGUCUAUCUAUAAAUUUUUCAAAUAAUCAAUACAAGCUUUCAUUUCAAUAGCUAUUUGGAAAAUUGGAUUCUUACUCUAGUAACCAAAGUAAAUCAUUUCAGAUCAAGCAAAGAUCAUGGUAAGUCACGUAAGUUGAUAACUUACUAAAUUUAAAAAUAGGUCAUCGUAAUAAAUACAUCGGAUUACUUCGAGAUAGGCUAUUAUAAUAUAAUUUGGUUCCCAAGGAUGUGGUACUAACUUAUACAGUAGGUAAAUAAGUCCAAAAUAACUUUGGUGGGUUUUUCUCAAAUAUAGGAGCAUACAAAUAAAUUACAGUAGUUUAAUUUGUCUCAUCAUUGCAGAUAUUACAAUAAAAUAAGAUAGAUGAGAAGAUGACCCAUCUGAAUAAAUCUUUAUUGCACUAAAAUAAUAUAUUUAUUUAUAGACACAAUCUUUGGUAAUGUCUAGCUUCAAUGUAUACCAUUGUAAAAAAAUAAUAUUUAAACUCAAACGAUAGAUAUAUUUUAUUCGACAGAAUUAAUUUUAUUUACAUUGUUACUUUAUUAGAUGUAUAUAAGUUUGUUUAUAAUAAUGUAUGGGUCGAAUAACACUAGGUAGCUUUUUCACAGCCUAAAUGCAUUAUAAAUGCGAUUUCUGUACAUAGAAAAGCAUAAAUUGACUGUAAUUUAAUAUCAGGAAAUGGAAUAAAUGUUGAUUUAAGUUCAAGCAAUCUCGAUGGAGGUGUAGGUAAUAAUGAUGCACUGUAUUUUUUAAUCAAAAGUAUCAACAAUUUUUACUGUAAUGAUUCGUGUAUAAUAAAAGCCUACUUUAUUUUAUAGCUGCAUGGCUUCAACAAAUAAAUCAGAUAUGAUCAAAAUUAAUUUUGAAUCAUUCAAAUACUCUAAUAGUUGCAGGGCUUUGUUGAACAAAAUUGAACAAGCUUUUAAAAUUCUGGAAAAAAUCCAAUUAAAUUAAAAAAACUGUACAAUAUAUUCAGGAAUUGAAUUGGUUCUUAAUAUGUUGAGAGGGUGUUUUAGGUGAAAAUAUGUGAAAAAACAUAAUUUUACACUGUUUUACAUCGAAAAAUUUGAUUACUGUAUACAAAUUAAAGACUACACUGUGUACAAAUAUAUAAGAUAUUAUCUAUAAUACAUUCGAAUGGCACAAUGAAUUCACAAAAUUAUUUAUUAAAUCGAAACUAAAUCUACUCUGUAAAUAAUACUAAUAUAUACAACAUGAAUAACAAUAUUAUUUAUGUAUUUUGCAAUAAAUUGAAUAAUGAAAAAAUGUCAUGGUUUUAAUUUUGAAUGGAAAUGUGUUUAGUAUAGAAGUCUAUUUAGAAUUAUUUCAAAAGUGCCCUCAGGGGGGUUGGGACGCAGACUGCGUCCUUGGAAUUCUUGGGGGAAGGGGGACUCAAAAUCGAAUCUUGAGGGUACCAAAAAAGGUCAGCAGUGUUAUAAAUGACUGCUGACGAAAUUCUUCUGCAGGCAUCAGAGAUGAGAUUUCUACGAAGAUCCUAUGGCUGCAUUGAGCCAGUUACACACACAUCGAUUUUUUGCCGUCCUUAUAAAUUAUAUUAGAUUGAACAGAUGAUGUUUGUCAAGUUCCGUUUAAUCUUAUAGAAUUUAUAAGGAUGACGAAAAAUCGUACAAACAAAAAUCGAUGUGAGUGUAGGCAGAGAAUAUCAUUCGAGAAAUACUGGAGAUAAUAUGAAACAACUCGAUGUCUCCUCUGUAAAUGAGGACAUAUUCUAGAGUGGAUUGAAAUGGUAACAGCAUGUGAAUAGAAUGGUGGGAGGGAGACAGGCUACCAAAAUUGAUGCUCAACUACAACCUAGAAGGCAAGUGAGACCGAGGGCGUCCAAUGAACAUGAGGUUCGGAGCAUGCAGAGGUGCCUGAAUCUGAUAGGGAGAAGAAGAAGAAGAUGAUGAUUAUGAAGCAGAAGAAGAAAUAAAAACUGAUUUAUCUAGAAAAUCAUAAAAUGAAAGCUAUCAAGCUUUAAGCUACGAAUCCAUCCUUGAAAAAUAUUUCAUUGCAAAAUCAUAUAUUCUUAUCCAAAAAUAAUAUUAUUUCUUCGACUAUAGGAUAAUAUUUUCACAACAAAUAUAAUUACAUAAAAACUCACGUAAAACGUUGAAAAUGCGACACAAAACCACUCAAUUCUAACAUAGAAAUAUAAUUAUCAUGAAUACAUUUUGGGUGUUCCCUCCAAAUAUUAUGUGAGUCUUUCUGUUCGAAUUGUGAACUCAAAUCUUCAUAAAUAUGGAGUCGAUUGGAUGGAUAUUUUCAAUAGAAAUCAUCCAAAAUUGAUUAUAAUAUGACAUGCGUUCUUUGGUGAAAUAUUUAUGUAGAAAAAUGAUAACUGAAUUUAUUCAAGUUAUAUACUUUUUCUAAUUUUGACUUAACUAGGUCCAUGAUCUUCGCUUGAUUUCAAAUUACAAAUAAUGAGAUUUAGAAUUGCAAAUUUGUUCAUGUUGUUGGUGAACUACAUAACUGCCUUUUGAAUAAAAUGUUGAUACGAAUAUGUAGAGUUUGUCAUGUUUUAGCCUUUUUUUAAUCUUUCAAAUGAUAAAUAUACUCCAAUAUUUGUUGAAAUAACGGGCUCUGUAACUCAACACAUAAUAAUUAUACAGUAAUCAACAUAAUUAUCAUUUCUGUUAAUAGUUAUUGUCAUCGAUACAAAUUCUCUAACAUUAAUUUGUUUUAUUUUACAAUAGUUUUUAUAUUAUAUAAUUUAUAAUAAUUAGACAAUAUAGAAGACUCUCGCAUAUUAUACAUUGUAAUGAUCGGGUAUCAUACUAUACCAACAUCAUAAUAAUAAACAUCUACUCUUUCAAGAUAUAAUUCAUAAUAAUAUAAUAAUUUGUCAUGGAUAAUAAAAUUGGCACAAAAUAAUCUAAAUCAGUAUCAAAUAAUUAAGUAUAACCAUUAUUGGAAUGGUCGACGAUUUUACUCAAAUGUAUAAUAUAAAAAUACAUUGGGUCGAAAAUUAUUAAGAGCAAAGAAAAUUCAAAUCCAAAAUGAAUCGAUUUAUAGUUAUUAACGUAGUAGAUUAUUGGUUGAAAAUUAUCAGAGUUCUUUUCUUCCUUAUCAAUUCGUAAAUAAUUAAUCUAUCGAUCGUUGAAUUAAUUCAAUAUUAGCCUUAAUUAGUGGAGGUUUUCACAUUAGUGUGAAAUAAUUUAGGCCUUAAAGGGAGAAUAGGAUUUAAUGCCUUCAAAAUCACAGGUCAUAAUAGAAUUAGAAAGUUCAUAAAGAACAAAAUUUUCAAAUCAGUAGUAAAAAUGUCAAUGCCAUAAUCGAUAUUUUCAGAGCUCAAAAUAAUAAGACUUAUCAAAUUCCUUUUACAGAAUAAUAUUGGUAACUCAUAGAGACUAAUAGUGUUAUGUAUAAUGUAGUAUAUAUCCUAUAAUUUCAAUUGUACAACAAUACUUUAGAAAAGGCUUCAUAGUAGCAUUUUGAAUUUCAAGCAAAAGUUUGACAAUAUUAUUUAUUAUAUAGAUUUGACAAAUAAUAAUAUUUACUAUAAAUUCAUCAGUUACCGAUUUUUUUUGUAGUUCAAUAACUUGAAUGCCUAUAAUUCUAUUCAUAAUAUAUUUCUCCCAAUAAUUAUAAACAAUACUCUAUUCCAUCCUGAGUAAUAAAAAAUAUUGUAAAUAAACGUAUUUCUUCAAAGUUUUUUAAUCUACAUAAUAUAUUUUCAGCUCCUAAAUCUAUUGGUUAAUCAAAAUUGAUAUUUAAUUAUUAAUAAUAAUCAUCACCAUUAUCUUGAUGAUAGUAUUGUCAAGUUAUGCAAUAUACAUUCUAUUAUUCUCUCAGUAUGAACAAGAAGUACUCUGAGGUUUGUACAAAUAAGCAUUUAUUUACAAUUUACAAGAGGAAUUAUUCACAAUAAAAGUGAAACUUUUAUUUUGUGAUUGUACGGUGUCAAACACCAUAGAGGAACAGCAAUAGCACAAUUAUAAAAAAUGUUUUUGUUCCUUUACCUGAUGGUUUCAAUGUUUUAUACUGAAAUUGAGGCUCAACAUUUGAAUUUGAUAACCAUGGACUGUUUCGAAGAAUUAAUUGUUACACUUUCUAUAACAUAGAAAAUCACGUUAAAAUCCUCUCCUAUUACAGCUUUCGCUUAAAAAGAGUGCAUUUAACAGUUCAAUGAUGACAUUUUGUUUUGUAAUUUUCUGGUUGGAAUUUGAAGUAAUAUCAAUAAUAUCACCUUCAUGGAAACAAUCAAAACAUUUUGCUCAGUACUGGAAGUUUAACUUCAUAUUUUUAUAACAUUAAAAAAUUAUAUAAUACAGAGAAACCUAUGAAGUCCACUUGACAAGCACAAUGUUAUACAUUUACGCCUUGCUAUGCUUGCCCAGUGUGUAUACAUCUUAAAAUUAGCUGUAUUCGUUUUACAAAGCUCAUAAAAUUUUGUUAAACAGGUAAAACGAUUGUUGAUGACAAAAAAUAUAUACCAGAAAAAAUAUCAUUGUUACAAACAGAUUCAACCCGACAUGCUCAGCUGAAUCUACCAAUCACAAAACUUAGUUCAGGUGGAAUAUCU